UUUGAAGGCAUGAAUGAGUGACUCAUUCAGUGAUUCAGUGAUUGAGUGACUGUUGGCCACAAUGGAGACGAAGGCACUGAAGGAUCUCUUCGACGAUCUCAUCCGAGUUGAGACACAAACCAAUCUCAAGAGGACAGCAGUGAAUGCAUUGAGGACACAGUCGGACACCAAUGAGAGACAGUUGCGUGAAGUGAGGGAUGCGUUGCAAGUGAUGGACAAACAGUUGGUCACCAAAUGGGAGGCGAGUGUCCACUCGGACUGUGAGGUGGCGUUCAUUGACAACGAGAACGCAAUCCUUGGCCAACAAACGCAAGAGUUUGAGACCAAAGUACGCGAAUUGCGUCAAAAAGUGGUUGAGCUAAGAGUGAAUCGAAAGCAAAAAGUCAAUGAAUUGGUGAACGAGUGUCUGGCGUUUGGCCACCAGUUUGGAAGCACUGGAAGUGUUGCUCAGCAAUGGACAGAAUGUGAGAAACUCAUGAAAGGACUGAUUGAAAGCAAAGAUGGUUUGCAAACACAACUCAAUUCGUUGACAAAGAGGUCUCAAGAAUUGGAUUCACUUCUGGAGACGAGGAAUGCAUUAAACCACGAAACGUGUCGUUUGAAAGACAAUAUAAACCGCUUUCGCGACCAAAACUGUGAAAUGAUUUGCAAUGAAAAUAAACUGAAGAAUGAGUUGAAAGAGUUGUCCGAAAAGGAGAGCUUUGGUCACGAAUUUGUGUCUCUGAGGAAAGAGUUGCAGUCGAUUGCUAUGAAGCCUAAGACAGUCACCACUCCAUUGGAGACUCGCUUUCAAAGUGUGUCACAACUCAAUACUCCAUUCAAACCAAAUAUACCGCAGAAGCCAUUAGUGACCACAUCUGAGACAACGAUUAAUGCGAAUGAAUGCGUUGGAAGUGAUAGGAAGAGAGGAAGUGAUGAACUAGUCGUGAAAGAAGUGAAAAAAGUGUGGGAUUUAAAGAGAAACAGACGGAUGACUGCACUCAACCAAUAG